AAACGACGCCCGCAAUAAACCAAGGUUGGUCGGAAACCCUAAAGCUCUCCUUCUCUCCUCUCUCUCUCUCUCUCUCUGUGCGAGGUGGAGGAUGUGUUGAUGCUGCGAACUUGUUGCAGUGUCAUCAGCUUCUCUGAGUGAAAACAGGAGAAAUUAGCUCGAAUUUGGCUUCUGUCUUUCUGGUUAUGUGGUUCGGCCGAAAAUUUGUGUUUAGCCUCCUUCAGGGGUAUCCGGAAUGAAGGAAUCGUCGUUUGCAAGCGAAAUCCUUUCCUUUUUUGUGCUGCUGAGCCUCCAGAACGAAUGAUCCGACUGAACACUGAGCUGCUUGAAGGCUUCUGCUGCGAACUUUGAUCAGUGAUUGGUUCUUUCUGCUUUGUUUGGCUCAGGAGGGUUAGCGGCUUGUAGAUUUUUCUUAGGACUUGUUGUAUCGAUAUCUACUUUUUUUGGCAGUUAGUUAUGUCUAUUCUCCCCCAGAUAGAUCUUAUGUACAUUACAGUGGAUUCUGGGGAAUAGUGGUGACUUUGUACAUAAAGCGAUUGGGAUGGGAUAUUGUAAAAAUGUGGCAAUUUAAAGUGUUUAUUUUGUUUGCUGAAGGAGAAUUCGCUUAGGAAGUGGGAGUGGGAAACGGAAAUGUCUUUCCGGAGUAUAAUUCAAGAAAUGAAGGGUGAACUUGGGAGUAUGUCUAGGAAGGGUUUUGAAGUGAGGUUGGGGUAUGGGUCAAGAUCUAAGGCACACGGCGGGAGCGCGGGAUGUGGCGGAGACUCCGUCCACGGCGAGAAUGAGGGCCCUAAUAAGCAGAGCUGUUGGGCUAAUAUGCCGCCAGAGCUGCUGAGGGAUGUGAUCUUGAGGGUUGAGGCAGCUGAGGACACAUGGCCGCCCAGAAAACACGUGAUCGCCUGCGCCGGGGUCUGCAGGAGCUGGAGGGAGAUCACCAAGGAAAUCGUCAAGACGCCUGAGAUAUCGGGGAAGCUGACUUUCCCAAUAUCUUUGAAGCAGCCUGGCCCAAGAGAUGCCAUGGUGCAGUGUUAUAUAAAGAGGGAUCGUGUUGCUCAUACCUAUCGACUCUACCUUGGUCUCACUGAAACACUGGCGGAAAAUGGUAAAUUUCUUCUUGCAGCAAGGAGGGUUCGGCGCCCAACUUACACUGAUUAUAUUAUUUCUUUAGAUGCUGGGGAUAUGUCCAAGGGAAGCGGUACUUAUAUAGGGAAGUUGAGAUCAAACUUCUUGGGCACAAAAUUUACUGUCUAUGAUGCACAACCUCCUCAUGCUGGAGCUGUGGUGACAAAGAGCCGGUCAACACGAUUGGUUGGUUUGAAGCAAGUCUCUCCAAGAGUUCCAGCUGGGAAUUACACUAUUGCCCAUAUUUCUUAUGAGUUGAACGUCCUAGGUGCCAGGGGACCAAGGAGAAUGCAUUGUGUUAUGGAUGCCAUUCCAGCAACAGCAAUUGAACCUGGUGGCGUUGCCCCAACACAGACUGAGUUUCUGCUCAAUGGCCUUGACUCCUUCUCAUCAUAUCCUUUUUUCAGAUCUAAGUCUAUUCACUCAGAAAGUUCAUUCUCAGGCCCACUAUCUAGUCGAAAUAGUGCAAAAGAUGGAAUGCUAAGUUUGAAAAAUAAAGCACCAAGAUGGCAUGAACAGCUGCAAUGUUGGUGCUUGAAUUUUCGUGGGCGUGUGACUGUUGCUUCAGUGAAGAAUUUCCAGCUUGUCGCAUCACUUGAAAACACUCAAGUUACUCAUGAGCAUGAUAAGGUUCUCCUGCAGUUUGGGAAAGUGGCAAAAGACUCAUUCACGAUGGAUUAUAGGUACCCUCUUUCUGCUUUUCAGGCCUUCGCAAUAUGCCUCAGCAGUUUCGAUACCAAGAUUGCUUGUGAGUAAAAGGUUUUGGCACGUGGCCUUAAUUCUCACCAACGGAUGUGCUCCAGGUUGACUGUUGACACCACCUUUUUAUAUAGUUUCUGGAAAUUGGUGCAUGCUUAGGCACAUGCACUUGUGUGUGUACAUAACCUUUGGAAGUAUCUCAGGCUGCUGUGCUGAUGGACCCAUGAUCAGCUUGUGUGGCAAUUCCUGGAGUUCCAACUGUAUGCUUUCUCUGUUCAAUUGGACAGGUUUGCAAGAGUUUGAUUUCAUUUAACAGUGAGGGUUGUAAGUUGUAAUUGUAUUUUCAUGUCAUUCUUGCUUUCA